ACCUGCCGGGAGGGCCACAUCACCUGCCACAGGACUCGCUGCAAGGAGACCUGCAGCCACCCGGUGCCGCCACCACCCACAGCCUGCUGCCCCUCCUGCCACGCCUGUCUCUACCACAACCAAGUCUACGCCCACUUCCACACGGUCCCCACCUCCGACCCCUGCAGCUAUUGUACCUGCAGGCACGGGAGUGUCCUGUGUGAGACUGUGCGCUGCCCGGAGGUCUACUGCGGGGAUGCCCACCUGUUGCCCGGCCACUGCUGCCCCACCUGCACCCACUGUGACUACCUCGGCCAGACGCAUCAGGACGGCUCUGAGUGGCAGUUGGAGGCUGACCCGUGUAUGAGGUGCAAAUGUGAGGCAGGUUCGGUCACUUGUCGCUCGCAGGAGGACUAUUGCAACCCGCAGUGCUCCCACCCGGCCACACCCACUGGUCAGUGCUGCCCUCUCUGCGACAACUGCCUCUAUCACGACCAACAGUACACUAACGGCCAAACCUUCACCCUGUCCUCGGAGAAACCUUGCCAGGAGUGCCAGUGUCUGAAUGGUGUUGUACGUUGCCUGGACCCCAAGUGUCACGAUGUGUCAUGUGGAAGCCCAGUAGUGUUGGCGGGCUCCUGCUGCCCGACCUGCCCUCCUGCAGCAGCUGCACACCGCCCUACUGACGUUCAAGGCACCCCCUCACUCUCCCACACUUCCCCUUUGCCUAGCACUUUCCCUGCAGAUCUCUCUCCUCCAUCACCCCGGACCUCCACAGUGCCGCCUUCACAAUUGUCAAGUUUAGGCAAAACAUCUACACCAUUCUUGCCUCCCCCUACAUCCCUAUCCCCAUUAACACCGUAUACGUCAACAUUCCUACCUGUCUUCCUACGUCCUUCUGUUGACCAUUCCUCCCAAGUAUCUUGCCCUAGCUGCCAGCGCUCCUCCUGCCUCCUGGAGGGGACGCUGUACCCACUCGGAGAGACCUUCCAGCACCCGACGCACGCGUGUCUGCAGUGCUCCUGUACGGACGCAGGGGUGACGUGCGGAAGAGUUCAGUGCCCCUCUGUGCCCUGUACCCACCCUGCCGUGCCCUCCGACGGCUGCUGCCCCGUCUGUCGAGACUGCCUCUUCACCCUCAGGAUCUUCCUCGAUGGCGACACCUUCGUCCACGAGCACGACCCCUGUCAGGAGUGCCAGUGUCAGGCUGGUGGUGUUAGGUGUGAGAGCGUGCGGUGUCCUCCCCUUCAGUGUGCUGUGCCCCGGGUGGUGCAGGGGGUGUGCUGCCCCUUCUGCGCCCCCCCUCGCCAGUGCCACUUCCAUGAUGCCUACUACGACAACCAUCAAGUCUUCCCCCACCCGCACGACCACUGCCAGGAGUGUAGGUGCACGGAGGGCAUGGUGAGCUGCAGGGAGCAGCCGUGCCCACCCUACGCCUGCCCGUCCCCUCGUCUGGUGGAGUGCUGCCUCCAGUGUGACGGCUGUAGCUACGCCGGCAGGAGUUUGGACAACCAUGCGGUGUUCCCUGAUCCCCUGGACCCCUGCCGCUCCUGCAGGUGUGACGAGGGCACGGUCAGCUGCGUCCCUGUCGCCUGCCCACCAGCCUACUGCUCCCGUCCCGUCACCCCCGUCGGCGCCUGCUGCCCCAUCUGCAGAGAAUGCGAGUACGACGAGCAUGUCUACCUGGAGGGCGAGGUGUUCGAGGCGUCGUACGACGCAUGCACUGAGUGUCGCUGUGACUACCCGGAGGUGACGUGCUACCCGCAUGUGUGCGCCCCGGCUCACUGCGCCUACCCGGCCCUCGACGCCCGCGGCUGCUGCGCCCUGUGUAAGGACUGCGAGUUUGAGGGGCAGACGUACCACAGCGGCCAGCACUUCCCGGAUCCCAGCGACCCGUGUUCCCAGUGCUCCUGCAGGAUGGGAGAGGUUCAGUGUACACAGCUGCCGUGUGGUCGUCCUGCCUGCCCCUACCCUGUGCCUGGCCGCUGCUGCCCUCAGUGUACCUCAGGGUGCCAGUAUAACGGUGAAAACAUCCCAGACGGUGGCAUGUUUCCCAGCAGCAUGGCAACAUGUCAGGAAUGCGUGUGUCAUGGUGGGCACGUCACCUGCAUGCCCAAGACCUGCCCGCUGGUCGCCUGUACCCACCCUGCUGCUACUGACUGCUGCGCACAAUGCCACGAUUGUUACUUCGAGGAUCGUGAGAUCGAGAAUGGUCUGGUGUUUGCCCACCCGAGGAGCCCGUGUCAGAAGUGCCAGUGCCUGAGUGGCUCCGUGACCUGCAGCCCCAUCCAGUGCCCAUCGGCCAGGUGCACACACCCUCGGGUGGUCAACUGCUGCCCGUCGUGCACGGCGGGGUGCAGGCUGCACCACAACCUCCUGGAGGAGGGCGAGACCUUCGCCUCCCCCACCCACACCUGUCACACCUGCGUCUGUCAGAGAGGAUCUGUAGAGUGCUUCCGCCAGGAGUGUCCAGCCCUGACCUGCCCCUCGCACCAGCAGGAGGAGGCAGGAGAGUGCUGCCCCGCCUGCGUCUCCGGCAGGAACUGUGUACACGCCCACCAGGUCAUCCCCCACGACACACACUUCACCGACAACGCCACCUGCAGCAGCUGUCGUUGUGUGGAUGGUAACGUCACUUGCGAGCCUGUAGCCUGCCCCAGCCCUGCCUGCAGCCUGCCCAGGCGGGAAGGGGGCGCCUGCUGCCCCACCUGCCCCCCCUGUCACCACCGCGGCGUCCUCCUGCCCCCAGACUACCGUUUCUUUGAUCCUGACCAGCCCUGCACUCUCUGCGUCUGCCGGGAUGGAAAUGUUAAAUGUUUCCCAGAGCCUUGUCCAGCUCUCCAGUGUCCGCGGGGGCAGAACCUGGUUCCCGUGGAGGGGUCCUGCUGCCCCAUCUGUGUCUCCUCCAAGUUACAGGUGGAGGAGGCUCCGCUACCCAGCACCCAGGGCACCACUCCCCAUCCCAGCACCCAGGGCACCACUCCCCAUCCCAGCACUCGGGGCACCACUCCCCAUCCCAGCACUCGGGGCACCACUCCCCAUCCCAGCACUCGGGGCACCACUCCCCAUCCCAGCACUCGGGGCACCACUCCCCAUCCCAGCACUCGGGGCACCACUCCCCAUCCCAGCACUCGGGGCACCACUCCCCAUCCCAGCACUCGGGGCACCACUCCCCAUCCCAGCACUCGGGGCACCACUCCCCAUCCCAGCACUCGGGGCACCACUCCCCAUCCCAGCACUCGGGGCACCACUCCCCAUCCCAGCACUCGGGGCACCACUCCCCAUCCCAGCACUCGGGGCACCACUCCCCAUCCCAGCACUCGGGGCACCACUCCCCAUCCCAGCACUCGGGGCACCACUCCCCAUCCCAGCACUCGGGGCACCACUCCCCAUCCCAGCACUCGGGGCACCACUCCCCAUCCCAGCACUCGGGGCACCACUCCCCAUCCCAGCACUCGGGGCACCACUCCCCAUCCCAGCACUCGGGGCACCACUCCCCAUCCCAGCACUCGGGGCACCACUCCCCAUCCCAGCACUCGGGACACCACUCUCCAUCCCAGCACUCGGGACACCACUUCCCAUCCCAGCACCCGGGGCACCACUUCCCAUCCCAGCACCCGGGGCACCACUCCUCAUCCCAGCACUCGGGGCACCACUCCUCAUCCCAGCACUCGGGGCACCACUCCUCAUCCCAGCACUCGGGGCACCACUCCCCAUCCCAGCACCCGGGGCACCACCCCCCAUCCCAGCGCCCAGGGCACCACCCCCCAUCCCAGCGCCCAGGCCAUCACUCCCCAUCCCAGCACUCAGGACACCACUCCCCAUCCCAGCACUCAGGACACCACUCCCCAUCCCAGCACCCAGCGCACCACUCUCCAUCCCAGCGCCCAGGCCAUCACUCCCCAUCCCAGCACUCGGGGCACCACUCUCCAUCCCAGCGCCCAGGUCAUCACUCCCCAUCCCAGCACGCAAGACAUCACUCUCCAUCCCAGCACGCAAGACAUCACUCCCCAUCCCAGCACCCAGGGCACCACUCCCCAUCCCAGCACCCAGGGCACCACUCCCCAUCCCAGCACCCAGGACACCAAUCUCCAUCCCAGCGCCCAGGACACCACUCCCCAUCCCAGCACGGACGAUAUACCUCCCCAUUCCAGUGCCCAGGAUAUCCCUACCCAUCCCGGCACAAUUUCGGACCCCUUGCACCAAGCCGCUACCCAAGACACUAUGUUAGAACUCCCGUCUUGGAUAGAUGACCCAAAAGGAGCAGUUAUUAACUCAGGGAAAGUUGCUCAAGUAGAGAAGCACUCUUCCCGGACGCCCUCAGUGGAGAGAGUGGGCCCCUCUGGUCUUGCCAAGACCGACACACAAAGUGCAGCUUCUAUACAAGGUGUUGGACAACAAGAAAGUCACAUAAACAUUGAGAAUCCAAAUUCCGUUAAUUUGACUCUAGGCUUUGCAGCUCCUGACUCAUCGCUGAACAAUAUUACAUUUGCUGACAAAGAUCCCGGGAUAAACGAGACACAUCUAUUAUCAGGGAGAAUUGAUACAGCAGAAUUUAUAGCUAGCAAGCCCCUCGUCGUUUACAGGAACGGAACCUUCAAUGACUCAUUGGCUGUGUAUUAUGAGGAAGAUAUACUUUUCUUUGACCAUACUGAUUCACCGGGAACAACCCUUCCCUUAGGAUCUAGCACAGAGUUAUCCCUUGAUAGCGACAAGAUUCCUCCCUCAGCCCCGAGCUCUAGGACCAGUGGCGCCUCGGGAGAAGCCGAGGACUCCCAGGCCAGCGGUGGUGCCAGCCACGGUCACGACCGACAGGGAUCACACGCCCCAUUUGGAACAUACAGUAGGAAUACCUUUCUUGAUAAAGUUAACAAAUUAAGAGAAUCAAAAACAAAAAUUAAAUUUAAAGUUCAGUUAAAAAUAUCCAAGCGACAAAAUUCUACAGAUGAGGAAGAAAGAACAGAUGCGAGCGACAGACCCAAACACACACCAUCUUGUUCCUUGCUAAACCCGCUUCUGUCAAGGUCUCGUCUAGCACACGACCGACGCGCGAGCAUCACGCAGUCGUCUGUCACAGUGCCUGGUCAGAGUGGCACGACUUCUGAUGCCAGGGAUGGGCUCGUGUCACCCACCUCAACACAUCAACCCCGAUACCUUGAGGGUUAUCCAGUCAUCAAGAAACUCUUCAUCGAAGGAGCAGUAAAGGAGAGUGAUAAUAUAAAAGACUUGCACAUCUCUGUUACACCUGACGUAACCACGGAAUAUACUGGUACAGCCCCGGAGCCCACACCUCGGGUUCCGUCCGCUCUCAGUAAAGAAUCUGUAUCGCCAACGGCUUCCCUUCUAAAGUCGAUCUCAACACUACACGAGACACACUUACCAGUUAUUAAGGAACUUAAGAAAGAGAGAGAAAUACGUCGAAUUAUUAACGAAAAUACAUCUUCCCCAACACCUACGAAGCCAACUACAACGUCUACAAACUAUGCUGUUGAUUCCCAUAACAUACCUCCUCAUUCCAAUAGAUAUUUUGAAGUUCCAAAACCAGCAAUAGAUAAAGCUCGACCAUUGCUUCAGAAAAUACAAGAAAGUGAUUUCACUUCGUUACCACCAUCAGCUAGUUCAAAUUAUAGAGUUUCCAACGAAAAUUGGGGUUCUACACUUGCAUACUCAGAUUACAUAAAUGCUCCUCCAGUUGACGCAACUUUCGUGGGACCUUCUUCAAGUACUUCCAUUACCGUCUUACAAACUUCAGAUACCUCCACAGAUUCAUCAGAUCCCAUGACGUACUGGGAUCAAGUACACUCAACAGAACCGUCACAUACUACUUUGACGCCGGAAGCGCCUUCCUUUACCAGGACGUCGACAGUCUUACCAGAGGAAGCUUUGACACCUUCGAUUGUUGACGGGACAGAUGAGCAGCUUAGGGUUCUAAGUCUACACAACUACGUUCAAGGUAUUGAAGCCACUUCCGACGAUCGUGAAAAUGUACAAGUUCCAACACCAGUUAUGCUUCGAAUAACGGAGGAAUAUUCUUCUCUGACAUCACCACAAGCAAUUUCUCAGCCCAACCUAAUCUUCAGUAUUGAUUCAUCCGAAUCGACACCCUCGACGCCCAUCUCGCCCGACACCCUUCUCACUACCCCAUCCUCGCCUGACACCCUUCUCACUACCCCAGCCUCUCCUGACACCCUUCUCACCACCCCAGCCUCUCCUGACACCCUUCUCACCACCCCAGCCUCGCCUGACACCCUUCUCACAACCACAGCCUCGCCUGACACCCUUCUCACAACCACAGCCUCGCCUGACACCCUUCUCACAACCACAGCCUCGCCUGACACCCUUCUCACAACCACAGCUUCGCCUGACACCCUUCUCACUACCCCAUCCUCGCCUGACACCCUUCUCACUACCCCAUCCUCGCCUGACACCCUUCUCACUACCUCAUCCUCGCCUGACACCCUUCUCACUACCCCAGCCUCUCCUGACACCCUUCUCACCACCCCAGCCUCUCCUGACACCCUUCUCACUGCCCCAGCCUCUCCUGACACCCUUCUCACCACCCCAGCCUCUCCUGACACCCUUCUCACUGCCCCAGCCUCUCCUGACACCCUUCUCACUGCCCCAGCCUCUCCUGACACCCUUCUCACCACCCCAGCCUCUCCUGACACCCUUCUCACUGCCCCAGCCUCUCCUGACACCCUUCUCACUGCCCCAGCCUCACAUGACACCCUUCUCACUGCCCCAGCCUCACCUGACACCCUUCUCACUGCCCCAGCCUCUCCUGACACCCUUCUCACUGCCCCAGCCUCACCUGACACCUUACGUGGCUUCUGCGAAGUAGAGGAGAUGGGGAAGAUGUUCAGGCUGCCUGAAGACCCUUGCAUCAUUUGCAAAUGUUCGCGUGAGCUGUCGUGGGAGUGUGGGAAGGUGGCGUGUCCCCCUCUAGACUGUCCAGCUGAGGAGCUCCACCUGCCGGAGGGAGAGUGUUGUCCUGCCUGCAGAGCGUGUGAGGUGCAGGUGGGGUCAGAGCUGCGUCAGUAUGGUGAGGGUGAGAGCUGGACACACCCCAUACAUGUCUGCACCAUAUGUGUGUGUCUGAGGGGAAGAGCUUCUUGUUCCGCCUCUCACUGCCCUGAUCGCCACCAACAGUUGCCCAUGCUUGCACCUGGAUACUGUAAGGGAACAGUGUGCUUCAAGAGGCAGUGUUCCUCGGGGCAGGAGGAGAGGUACCUGCCAGGCAGCUGCUGUCCCGUCUGUGCUCCAGCGAGUCGCAGGUGUGUUUGGUGGGGGCAGCACCUGCGCACCUUCGACGGUCUCCUCCUGGGGCACCACACCUACUGUGCCUACACCCUGGCUGCACACUGUUCCAAGCAACUCUUUACCAUCUAUACUAAGUUCGAAGAAAUGGCGAGAGCAGGAAUGGUGACUGUGGUAACUGUGGUGGUUGGUGGCCAGCAGCUUGAGCUGAGUGGGAGGGGAUCUGUGGUGGUGGAUGGUAUACAAGUCCGCCUUCCUUACCUGUCACCCACACUGACACUCUACUCUCAUGGUGACUAUGUUGUUGUCAACACCAAUGUUGGCUUACAGGUGGUGUGGGGAGUGGGAGGCCAGGUGGAGGUGGUGGUGGGGGGCGAGCAUGCAGGCGUCACCUGCGGCCUCUGCGGCAACUUCAACAACUUGCCCCAGGAUGACCUCAUGCUGCCAUCGGCUCAACUCUCAUAUAGUGUGGAGGAGUUCUUGGCCGGGUGGAGAACUGGUGAAGACUGUGGGGCUCCGCCUUCCUCCCAACACUGCUCUUCGUCUGGUCCAUCUCUCUCAGGCAAAGACAGUGACCUCGCUCACCAUCUCUGCUCCAUCUUGAAGGGUCCUGGCUUCCGUGAGUGUCAUCGCCUGGUGCCACCUGACCCAUACAUGAGUGCCUGCAGGAGGGAGGUGUGCCAGUGCCCUGGAGACAUAGCUGCCUGUCUCUGCGCCACGCUCAACCUCUACUCCACCCUCUGUACCAGAGCUGGCCUCGUCCUGGACUGGCGGACCCCUCUCCUCUGUGGCGAGUUCUGUGUCUGAUUAUUAUAUUGUGCUCAAUCCUAUAUACAGUGAAUCCUCAGAGUAGUGUUGUACUGUGAACAGUCCUAUAUUGUGCUGAAAUGAGUCCUGUCCUGUUCCGAAUCAGCGAGGUCUAAAUACCGCAAGUCUUGUGUUGUGAUAAGCACUGAAUACAUGUAGUUAGCGU